CCAACACAUAAUGAAAGUUCCUUGUAGUGACUCCAUGCAGGACUAGUGGAGUAUUUUCACAGUGGGUGUAUUAGUACGUUUACUUCAUUUAAUGAGCUGAAUACUUCCAGCAAACCUCACAGAAAGAAGUAAAAGAAUAAGAAGACAGAAAUCUUCUUGCAUCACGUUGCAGAUGUUUGACGUCUCUUUUCUUUCUAAUAGCUGUCCUGGAGACAGUUUCUCUGGACAAGUUCUUCCCUGAAUCACCAGCCAGCAGCGAGCCGGGCGACAUGUCUCCCUGCCGCUCACCGUCAACGCCGAGGCAUCUCCGCUACAGACAGUCGGGAGUCUCACCGGGGGAGAACCCUCGCUGCACGAUGUCGCCGGCUUCAGCGUUUGCCAUCGCCACCGCUGCCGCCGGGCACAGCAGCUCCCAGGGUUUUACUAAUUCUGACAAAGUCUGUGACAAAGAGUUCAUCAUCCGGAGAGCUGCGACCAACCGAGUCCUCAACGUGCUGCGGCACUGGGUCUCCAAGCACUCACAGGACUUUGACAUGAACAGUGAGCUGAAGAUGGGGGUGAUCUGUCUGUUGGAAGAGGUGCUACGAGAUCCAGACCUGCUGCCCCAAGAGAGGAAAGCAACGUCCAACAUACUAAGGUACACAGUCAGGAGAGGGAGACGGAAAAAGAAUUGA